AACUCGAGGCUAAAAUUAGGGCCAGUCCACCGUUGAUCGCUGCCCGGGUUAAGCUUUAUCUGGCCGACCCACUCGUACUCGUUCACGAAUUACCCGAUUCGGUAAUAUCGUCGUAUGCAGAAACCACCAUGGACGUCUUGAUGGUCUACGUUGGCAUAUAAGUCGGGAUGGAUUCCUGGUGGAUAGUUCAAUUUUAACUCUCUGUUUGAUCUCCCUCUCUGCUACGCUCUGAUUCCCAAAAUCAUGGAUUUCGAAUUCCACCCCGGCCAGAACGGCUCAGAUCCCUGGGUCGAAUUCUACCCCUACAACCCAUCCAAGCCAGCCGGAUACGCCUUUGUCGUGAUCUUUGGCAUCGCAACCAUUGCCCACCUCGUGCUCAUGUUCCCCUACCGCGCCGCAUACUUCAUUCCCAUGCUACUAGGCGGAGUUUGCGAAACAUUCAGCUACUACGGCCGCGCCUGGUCGCAUAACAACCGAACCCUAAUCAGCUCAUGGGCACUGCAGCAAAUGCUCAUCAUGUGCGCUCCGCCCCUCGUCGCCGCAACCAUCUACAUGAUCCUGGGCCGGAUCAUCCGCGCCUGCAACGCCGAGCACCACUCCAGCAUCCGCACUAAAUGGCUCACCUUCAUCUUCGUGACGAACGACGUGCUGUGCUUCCUGACGCAGAUCUUCGGUGCCGGCGUCCAGGUCACAGGCGACGCGCACAUCAUGUCCAUCGGUGUCAAGGUGGUCCUGGUGGGUUUGGUGUUUGCGCUCGUCGUCUUCGCGGUCUUCGUGUGGGUGGCGUUUCAGUUUCAUCGUCGCCUGAAGCGCGACCCCACGCCUGUCGCGUAUCAGAAUGGUGGCUUGCACUGGGAGCGGUAUAUGUGGGCGAUCUACAUCUCGUGUCUGGCGCUGAUGAUUAGGAACUUGGUCAGGACCAUUGAGUUCGGCGCGUCGGGGUCGGAUCUUGGGAAGAAGGAGAUCUAUAUCUAUAUCUUUGAUGCCGUGAUGAUGUUUAUCUCGAUGGCGGUGUUGAUUGUUUGGCAUCCGGGGUUGUUGAUUAAGAGGUUGAGGAAUAUGAAUAAGGCGAAUGAAAUGUAUGGGCCGUUGGAAGGGGAGACGCAGUCCGCGGAUGUGCCGCUGACGGGUUAUAUGGCGCAGGAAAGGCAUUGAAGGAUAGACUGGAAAGGGGACACGUUCUUUGUUUUGAUUUCUUUUGUAUAUGCUUUCUUUGGGCUUUGGCUAUAGAUCAUUCUCCAGGCUGCUGGGUAGGGCG